AAAAUAUUUUUUCAGAUUCAAGAAAUUUUUCUUUCAUUAGCUAUAGUUUACAAUAAUUUGGUGAAGUAUACUUUUGUGAACACCAGUGGAAGCAUUUGCCUUACUCCAAACUUGAGUCCUCCAAAAUUCAGACACUAUUUGUGAGCAUUCUUACUGUGUUUCUGUAAGUUCAGUAAACAUCUGCUCUCCCUUUAUAAGCAGGAUACUAUUGGAAAUACUGAUUAUAUUACUAGGCUUUGACUGAAAAGUCAUAUUUAAGAAGGGUCAUAAAAUGCCUGGCUUCAAGAGUUCCCAGCCUUAUAGUGAAUGCAUAAAACUUGUCACUUCCUGCUGGGCCCAAUAACCUUAAGACCCUAAGUAAAAUCUAAAGCCUGCCUUGAUUUGGCUUCUUAACCUCUAGAGGUUCUAAAACCUGAAAGUUCCUGUAUGAUUAAUGUGGAGAGAAAAAGUCAUGUUCUUAAGAAAAACUAACAUGCACCUAUUAUUAGCCCUGUGCCCUGUUUUCAAGUUCUGGUUUUCUACCUGUAGACUGGACUGGAUCCUGAGUUCUCCUAAUUUCCUACAAUAUCUGGCUACAAUUAAACCCUGAUAAAGUUUACCAGCCCUCUUCCCUCAAGCAGAACUAUAGAGCCUCUCAGGACAUUUCCCCUACUCGAAUUACUCAACUAGGGGAAUUAGGUAUUAAGAUUGGAGAAAACUCAUCAGAGCUCUGGUCAACACUGGGGCUACUCUGUCCAUCCUUAACCCCAGCAUGCUUUCCGUGGACCCUCCCCAGGGUUCUGAAUUCAUCCAGAUGGUUGGGGUAGCCAACCAACCUAUGAUGGUUCCUAAUCUUCACCUAUCCUUUUCCAACUAGUACUCCUCAUGGGCAGUUGUUUUUCGUUCGGGCUUCCACACACUUCCUAGGAAGGGACUUCUUAGAAAUAUUCCAGGCCCGUAUUUUAUUCUCCCAGAAAGGAGAAAUAAUACUUGAGUUAUCCUCACCAGGAGAUUUUGCCACGGAAAUACCUUUUCCCAAAUUCCCAUCUAUUCAGUUAUCCCCACCAGCACUACCUACCCUGUUCUCUAACAGUUAUAAUCCAACACUGAUGAUAACUCCUCAGAUUAUGAAAAUAAUAGUUGUUGAUACUCUCAAGGAUAUAAUUCAUCUAGAAGAGUUAACCCUAGAAGGAGCUAGAUUAGGAAGGUUUUUUGGGUCCCAAUUUAAACUAGAUUCUGCUUGGAAUUCAUAAAUGAUCAGAAACCCUUCCUGAACUGUUCACAGAAUUGCCUGCUCCACCACCCAAGCGAUCAGAGUGCAACAGAGGUCCAUAGACUCCCUUGCUCGUGUGGUCCUAGACAAACACAUUGCUUUAGACUCUCUCCUCCCUGCACAGAGUGAUGUUUGCGCUGCUGCUGCCACUUUCUGCAGGGUAAAUACUUCCAGGCAGGUUGAAUUGGGAACAUGUAAGAUCUUAAGGCUAGCCAAAUCUCUGAAAAACACCUUCAAAAAGCCUCCUGGCUGGACUUUCUAGGUUAAGUUUCUGAUCUCCAGAUAUUUCCAGCUGGCUUCCGCUGCAGUAGGGUUCCUUCUGCAUGCCACCCUACAAGUCUUGAUCCUCCUCAUGUUUGGCCUAAGCAUUUGGCGUCUCUUUAAGAUUUUCCUAGCCUAUUUUAACCGAUGCCUGCAAGAGACCCCCACUAGAAUCGUGCUGACCUAACCUUUGAGACUUCAAACUUUCUCCAGCCAGAAAGGGGAACCAAGUUAACCCAAAAGAAUUUGACUCAAAUUUAACAGGUACCUGUAUGCCUCUCAUGAUCACACGUGUAUGCAGAAGUGAGAUCUAGCAAAAAGUGAUUUUCAAUUGUGCAAGACCAUGGCCUGAGUGUUUAAGAAACUUUGGGCUGAGAUUUCAAGGACUUGAGAUAUAGCUACUGUUGAAUAUUUGGUAAUCAUUAAGCAGACAAUUUUGCAGAUGUUAAAUGUUAAGUUAAACAUGUUUAAUGUUUUAUUUUAAGUAAAAUAAGUCAUUUCUGUUUCAAUUCAGAAUAUGACAGUAUCAGAAUAACAGGAGCUAACCCUAACUGAACACUUAAAGUUUGCCAGGCAAACUUCAUUUCUCUGAAUUUCUCAAAAAUUGGCAGUUUUACUCUGCACAAAAAUCGCAUGAGAUAUGCAGCUUUGCUGAUAAAGAAAUGGAAAUCCAGAGAAAUGAAGUCACUUACUCAAAGUCACCCAGCUACAUGAUUUGUGGCUCUGGAAGUUCAGCUACUAGGACUCUUCCAGCUUUCUACAGGUGUCAUGAAAGCACAAGACCACACACACACAGCUCUGAUGAAAGACGACUGAAAGGAAGAUUUCAGUGAAAAGGUCAACAAGGCUUUCUAAGAAAACUGUAAAGAUAAAUAAACGAUGGGUCGCAGUAAUUCUCACCAACUAGGAAGCAUCUUAGAAAAGCACUGGAUUUCCUCUAACUAAAAGCAUCUAUAAAAAAUGAUAUCAAAAUACAGGAAGAUGUAAAUACCUAAAUUCUAACACUGUCACCUUGCAUACAUUAGGCUGAAUAGCUAAUGGACUAAGACAUAAAUUCAAUUUUUGUUCCAUGCGUUUUUACUGUGAUCUGAAAGGGGUCUUGAGGUGAAUGAUCCUGUACUCAUCCUCCACCAGCCAAUCAGUCUGUUUAUUAUUUGGCUCUAAAAAGAAACUUUUCCUGAGGACCCCCCCCCACCCCCACUAUGAUGGAGCAAAAACUAUUACUUGGCUAUGUCAAGAGAAAGCAAUGCAACAAGUACAAAGCAUGCUGAUCAAUGCCCCUGUGUCUAUCUCUAAUCAGACAGAAAGCUGGAUAUUGAUAGAGACUGCUAUCCUCAUCUGUAACUACAUCAAGCUAGAGAGACUGUUAUAAUACAAGUGGUCUGAGGCAGCCCUGAGUAGAGAAACCAGGAAUGCUGGUCCCGAUCUCUAGUCUUCAGUCUUGGCCCUGUUUCAACUUUCACUUUCAUGUGUGAAAAAUCGAAACUCUAACUCAACUGAGUGUUGGUCAAAGUAGGUGUGUCCUGCUCCCCAUGACAGGUUGCUCAGAGACUGCUGAUUUCCACCCCUAUAUAAAGAGAGUCCCCGGCAUACAGGGACUGCUGUGCUCCAGGCGUCUGUCACCAUGUGGGUACUCACGCCUGCUGCUUUUGCUGGGAAGCUCCUGAGUGUGUUCAGGCAACCUCUGAGCUCUCUGUGGAGGAGCCUUGUCCCGCUGUUCUGCUGGCUGAGGGCAACCUGGCUGCUAGCUUCCAAGAGGACAAAGCAGCAGCUGGUCUGGAGAGAGCCAGAUGAGACCAAAGAGGAAGAAGAGGACCCUCCUCUGUCCACCACCCCAACCAGCGUCAACUAUCACUUCACUCGCCAGUGCAACUACAAAUGCGGCUUCUGUUUCCACACAGCCAAAACAUCCUUUGUGCUGCCCCUUGAGGAAGCAAAGAGAGGAUUGCUUUUGCUUAAGGAAGCUGGUAUGGAGAAGAUCAACUUUUCAGGUGGAGAGCCAUUUCUUCACGACCGGGGAGAAUACCUGGGCAAGUUGGUGAAGUUCUGUAAAACAGAGCUGCAGCUGCCCAGCGUGAGCAUCGUGAGCAACGGAAGCCUGAUCCGGGAGAGGUGGUUCCAGAAUUAUGGUGAAUAUUUGGACAUUCUCGCUGUCUCCUGUGACAGCUUUGAUGAGGCAGUCAAUGUCCUUAUUGGCCGUGGCCAAGGAAAGAAGAACCAUGUGGAAAACCUUCAAAAGCUGAGGACGUGGUGUAGGGAUUAUAGAGUCGCUUUCAAGAUAAAUUCUGUCAUUAAUCGUUUCAACGUGGAAGAGGACAUGACGGAACAGAUCAAAGCACUAAACCCCGUCCGCUGGAAAGUGUUCCAGUGCCUCUUAAUUGAGGGUGAGAAUUGUGGAGAAGAUGCUCUAAGGGAAGCAGAAAGAUUUGUUAUUGGUGAUGAAGAAUUUGAAAGAUUCUUGGAGCGCCACAAAGAAGUGUCCUGUUUGGUGCCUGAAUCUAACCAGAAGAUGAAAGACUCCUACCUUAUUCUGGAUGAAUACAUGCGCUUUCUGAACUGUAGAAAGGGACGGAAGGACCCUUCCAAGUCCAUCCUGGAUGUUGGUGUAGAAGAAGCUAUAAAAUUCAGUGGAUUUGAUGAAAAGAUGUUUCUGAAGCGAGGAGGAAAAUACACAUGGAGUAAGGCUGAUCUGAAGCUGGAUUGGUAGAGCGGAAAGUGGAACGAGACUUCAACACACCAGUGGGAAAGCCUCUGGAGUGACUGCCAUUGUCUGCAGUGCUAUCCCGUUGGUAUUUCCCAGUGGCUGAAAACCUGAUUUUCUGCUGCACAUGACAUCUGAUUACCUGUGGUCACUGAACACAUAAAUAACUUGGAUAGCAAAUCCUGAGACAAUGGAAAACCACGAACUUUACUUCAUUGACUUAUAACCUUGUUGUUAUUGAAACAGCACUUCUGUUUUUGAGUUUGAUUUAGCUAAAAAGAGGGAAUACACACAAGAAUAAUGGCCCCAAAAAAGCUUAGACAAGGUCCCUAUACACAGGACCUGACCUUUAGCUCAAUGGUGCAUUUGUAAGAAAUAAGCUCUAGUGAUAUCUGUGGGGGCAAUAUUUAAUUUGGAUCUGACAUUUUAAACAAUGUUUACUGUGAUUUCUGUAUUUCCAUUUUGAAGCCAUUUCUUGUUCCAGGUUUGUUCGUUUGACAGAGUCAAUAUUUUUUGCUAAAUAUCCAGAUACCAGUUUUCACAUCUGAGACAUUAUGAAAUACCUGCUUCAAUUAUUUCUGCUGGUUAUAAUGCUUUUUUUUUUUUUUUUUUGGCCUUUAUGCCAUUGCAGUCUUGUACUUUUUACUGUAAAGUAUAGAAAUAGUCAACAGAUGUUUCCAAGAAUGUAUGAUAUGAUAAUCCUACCAAUUUUCAAGAAGUCCCUAGAGGAGAUAACACAUAUUUACAUGUGUACAUGCAUGCAGUUUAUACGUGCACAUUGUUUCUAUUCCAAAAACAACGUCUACCUCCAAUUUCCCCAGUACAUCAUGCUAUAUCACACUUCUGUGCUUUUAUGAUUCCAUUCCCUCCAAUUUAAAAAAGCGUGCAGCCCUGCGCAUGGUGGCUGUUCCGUGAAUGCUGGCUACCUAUAUAUGUGUGGUACCUGUUGUAUUCCUUUCUCUUCGAAGAUCCUGAGCAAAACCAAGAUACACUUUCCAUUUGAUGAUGGCGUUGACAUGGGAGCAGUGCUUAUACUGCUUUGUUCACCUAUCAUUUGGCCACAUGAGGCUGUCAGGCAAAAGAAUAGGAGUGUAGUUGAAUAGCUGGUUGUCCCUACGUUUCUGAGAGGUGACGGCACACAGGAUUGGCAUAAGAUAUCCUAAAAUCACGCUGGAACCUUGGAUGAAGAAGAAUGUGAGCAAGAGCAGAGAGAGUGCCUGGAUUUCAUGUCAGUGAAUCCAUGUCACCAUAUCAUAUUUUUGAAUGAACUCUGAGUCAAUUGAAAUAAGGUACCAUCUAGGUCAGUGUAAGAAGAGUCAGCUUAGAGAAAGCAAGCGUGAGGGAAAAUGUCACGUAAACUAGAUCAGGGAACAAAAUCCUCUCCUUGUGGAAAUAUCCCAUGCAGUUUGUUGCCAUAACUUAGUAUCUUAUUGCCUAAAAAAUAAUUUCUUAUCAUUGUUUCAAAAAAGCAAAAUCAUGGAAAAUUUUUGUUGUCCAGGCAAAUAAAAGGUCAUUUUAAUUCAGCUGCAAUUUCAGUGUUCCUCACUAGGUGGCAUUUAAAUGUUGCCUGAUGUCAUUAAACACCAUCCAGAAAUUCUGCUUCAUAAUCUGUUCUCAAGACUUGGUGAUUUUGAAAGUUUUGGUUUUAGUGACUUUGUUUCUCAGAAAAAAAAAUAAUCCUACUUAAAUUUUAAGUCACUAUAAUUCAAUUUAAAUAUGUGCGUGUCUCAUCCAGGAUAGGAUAGGUUGUCUUCUAUUUUCCUUUUUACCUAUUUACUUUUUUGUUAGAAAAGAGAAAAAUGAAUUAUAAAGCUGUUCCCCAUGAGUUUUGAUUGUAUCUAAGCUAUGAUGACCUUCAUAUAAUCAGCAUAAACAUAAAAUAAAUUUUGUACUUAACAUGAGUGCACUUUGCUGAUCCUUAUGGCACGGUGGCUCACGCCUGUAAUCCCAGCACUUUGGGAGGCCAAGGUGGGUGGAUCACGAGGUCAGGAGUUCAAGACCAGCCUGGCCAACAUGGUGAAACCCCGUUUCC